AGCCAAAAAUUUUUUUUUUUUCAAAUCCAGAGUCUGGCUUCAAAGCCUUGUCCUCACAUCUGCCUUUCAGUAGCCCUUUUUCAAACAGCCAUUUUAAAAAAUGAGCAAAAUAAGGAGGAAGGCUAAAUACAACAGGUUAAAUAUGUAUGGUUCCCUUUAAUUGGAAAGGAUGUUCUUUUGUUUAUCCAUGAAAAACAGACAGGGAGAUCUAAUAAGCAGCACACUAGUUAGUAGCAGAGCAGCGUAAUAGCAGAGGGAAAACUCCUUGAUACUCUCCGUAGUCAUUGCUUCCCUCCCCAUGUUACACAGAACGAUGGGGGCUGCAGGUUUGUUUCUGUGGUGCCUUAGACUUCAGACUGUGUCAGACACAGGAAAUGAAAUGCUUAGUAUAAUUUUUUCCCUUCUCUAAGUGAACUAAGUGAAUUUCCCAAGUCUAGCAGGAUACUACAUAAGAAUCAGAAUUUGUUAACCAUUUUACACUUUCAUUUUUUAUUAGAAUUACGAAAUGUACAGCACUGUUUGUACCAAUGCAGGCUUGAAAUUUUAAAGCUGCCAUAAAUGUAGCUUCUAUUUGCAGGAGUAGUUGUAUGCAGUGUCAUAUGCAAAGAUAAUUAUUUAGAGAUAAUAUUGAUGAAACAUUCCUUAUGGAUAAGUUGGAUAGAAAAGAUAAUCAUUUCUGUUUGGAUCAGGAUAGUUUUGUUUAAGUUGCACAAUUUAAAAAUAUUUUUAAAUCAAGUUAAUUUAAUGAAAGAUAAUUUCAUUGACAUAAGCAAUAUGGUGAAUUGCAUAUUAUUUUAAAAAGUUAAUAUUUUGACCUCUUAAGAGAAGUUUUAUGCUUGUAAUUAAGGGGGAAAGACAUUGUUUUUCCAAAAAAAAAAAAAAAGGAAUGCUUUUCAUUAAAGCAUACACUUUAUAUAUAGUAUGGCUUGUUGUGACCUACCUUCAACUCGUUGUCUUGUACUUUUUUAAUACCUCAUACUCAACAUCAGUUCUUAAUUGUUAAUAAGAUAUAGAAAUUUAUCAAUCCAUUCUCCACAAUUCCAUUUACAUUAAAUUUAAGGAUCAUUCCAGAAACAGGUAUUUGGUGAAGUUUAGGUAAAAACCUAAUCAGUGAACUGUCAGGUUAUUAGGACCACCUUGACUUCACCAAGAAUCCAAGACUUCUUAUGUUGGUGAUCCUCCAGUUGUAGAAUAAAUGCAUUUUCUUUGUUUGGACCAGCUCAUUCUAAAUGUAAAAGUUAUUGAAGAAUAAAGUAGCCGUUCUUUACCAGUGUUAUUAAACAGGAAAAAACGAAAGUAAAGUCAUAGUUGCAAAAUGUUAUGUUUUAUUUUGCCCGUUGAAUUUGCUUUUUAAAAAAACCUUAUUUUGGAAAAAAAAUAAUUAAAUGAUGAACUAUUUGUUAUCCAAGAAUUAUAUAUAUGUUUUUCUAGUUUAAAUAAAAUAGUAUCUAUCAUCUUUGAUUAUUACUGAUGUUGUCAUUCACGGCAGCAUUCAUAUCAUCCAAAUUUCUAGGUAGUAAUGUAAAGCAACCAAACCAUUGUUCACUGUUAUGUUGGAACCAAGUAAUUCAUCUUAGAAUUAUUCCUUUAAAAUAAAUUGUGUAUGCUUUCUAAAACCAAAUCAUCUAGUUUUGAAUAUGGAAGGAUAUGUAUUAAAGAUAUGAAAACUGUAAGGUACACUUUUUGGUAUGAAAUACAUUUUAUGAUUUGAAUCAUAACUUAAAUGGAAUAUUUGACCCAGAUUCAUUCAAUUAUAUGAUCUUUAAAAGUGCAAGUAUUAAUUUUGAGUGAUAAUUUUUAUGGCCAUUGUCUACUCCAGAAAGCUCAGUUUUUCUAGUGCAGACAUCCCCAUUAAUGAAAUGUAUAGUUCUUAUUUGCUUAUUUAUCUCCUACAAAGCCAUGUGUAACUGUCUGAGAUCGAUGGAUUGAGGAUUUUCAAAAACACUGGGACCCUGAUGGAUAGGACAUUUCCUAUUGUUUAGGAUUGUGUGAAACACAUUUUUCUACAGAUAAAACACUGAGAUUUCAAAAAAAGAGCUAGAUCACCUUAAAAUGAGAAAUGUUUUAAAGAUAUUUUUGAUAACAAGAAUUGAUAAAGCCAGUGGAGUUUUGCAGUGUAGAAACUCACAUUUUGUUCUCCUAGGUCUGUUUCCAUUGUAGACAACCUGGCCAUGGGGUUGCAGAUUGCCCGGCUGCCCUUGAGAAUCAAGAUAUGGGCACUGGAAUAUGUUAUCGGUGUGGAUCCACAGAGCACGAAAUAACCAAGUGCAAGGCUAAAGUAGACCCAGCUCUUGGUGAAUUUCCUUUUGCAAAAUGUUUUGUUUGUGGACAAAUGGGGCACCUGUCCAGAUCUUGUCCUGAUAAUCCCAAAGGACUCUAUGCUGAUGGUGGUGGCUGCAGACUUUGUGGCUCUGUGAAACAUUUUAAGAAAGAUUGCCCUCAGAGUCGGAAUUCAGAUCGAAUGGUUACAGUUGGUCGCUGGGCAAAGGGAAUGAGUGCAGACUAUGAAGAAAUUUUGGAUGAGCCUAAACCACAGAAACCCAAAACAAAGAUACCUAAAGUUGUUAAUUUUUGAUAAUGAUUAGAGCUAUCGUAAGUUCCCACCUCACUGUUACAUUCUGAACUGGGCCUUCUUCUCAAGUUGGAGCUGGGCUCCCCUGGAGAAGCCAGUAUUGUAGAUAUCAGUCUGAUCUGGGGGCAGUUUCCUGACAUCUGUCCAUCAAGGAGUACUUCUCCCACUGCUUGGAGAACAUCACUGAAGAAAAGCAUAAGAUGUUUAAAUUGGAUUAUUUAAAAGAAUAUAUUUUUAACAGAUAAAACUUAGAUGUAACUAAGUGGUUACAUACCUAAUUGUAACAAUCAUCUUUUUCUUAAAAUCAAAGUUAUGCAUUAACCUGAACCACCCCUAAACAAAGGGUAACUGCUUUGUAUUUGGAAAUGAAUUUUUUAUUAUAUUGUUUUCUACAUUCAAAAUAUCAAUUUAUUAUUAUAAUAGAAAUGUAUAAGUUGCCACAAAAUGCUCUUAUUUUUAAAAUACUUAAUAAAAACACAUUUGCUAUUAUUUUUCUGAAUACCUAAUUCUGGAUUGAACUAGCCAUUGUCCAUUAAUGUCCAUGUAACAAUCCCUUUGAAAUCAUGAUCUUUUAUGAAUCCUAAA